AUGGAAGAAGUUUCAGAGCGAUAUUUUAUUUUCUGAUUUGGGUAUAACCAUCCAGAACAAGUGGCUAAACUAGUAGACGCUCCAUUAGAAGAGAUAUUGGCCAACUCAGUACCCUGUAUAUUGAGAGGAUAUCAGCGGGCUUUUGCAGGGGACUCUGUAGAAGGCACCAGUGUAGCAACUAUAUUGAAGCAACCAGAAACUGAGAUAAGUUCCUAUGCAGUAGCUCUGACAAAAGAGCAAAUCAAAUCUCUGGAUGAGUUUGAAAAGUAUCCUAAGUGGUACGAUAGGAUUGGAGUUGAGUGUGAAAGGCCAGAUGGUACCAAAUUUGAUGCUGAAGUUUAUGUACAAAAUGAUCAUUCUAAGUUCAACUAUCCUCUUGAAGAGUACUUAUUUAACCUAGCUAAGACUGACUCAACCUUCUAUUACCUUCAAGGUAACAAAUUCGACUACUCCAAUAUAAAAAUUCCAAUCAUCCAAGCUUCAAAUGCUGAACUUACCAAGACCCAUUCCAUUUCCUUACAACUAGAAGACUUCGCAGCCCAAAUCCAGGCUCUCAUAACCCCUAAAUAACCU